AGCUGGUCACGUGACUUGGUUUCAAGAUGGCGGCGGAUCCAAAGGAAGACAUCAGCUUGUAUCUCAUUCCUCCGGAUACUCCAGUCAAUAAACUGGACUGCACUGAAGCUUUCAAAGGACUCACAGAUAAGGAGAAGCUUUAUGCUCAUCAUUUUGGUCGCGCAUGCUGGGAAGGAGGACUAAUCUGUCUACUACAGACGUCCCCCGAGUCCCCAGGUAUAUUCCUAUUACUGGGGGAGCUGUUUAGGGGACAAUCACUGGAGGCACUUAAGGAACUAGCUAAUGGGUGUGGCCUGUCUGACAAUGAAUAUAAAUCAUUUUUAGCAUAUUCUGCUGCCUUCUACUCCAAUUUUGGUAAUUAUAAAAGUUUCGGUGAUACCAAAUUCAUUCCUGAUCUUCCUCGAGAGAAGCUGGAGAAACUCAUCACUUCCAGUCAGUGUUACCGUGACAACAAGGAGAGGAUCUCGUUCCUCUGGUCCUCAGUCGCAGAUGGGAUGUUCUCACUCCACCCACCUGCUGUACGACAGUUAGCGUUCCCUCCUGAUGGUAUAACGACUUACUAUUCUGGUAACUGUGGUAAAGAAGAUGCUGAAAUCAUAAAAGAAUUUAUGUUGAAUAAAGAUUUGAGCCCAUACAAUACAAGAUUGUUCAAGAAUGAAGAUGGGACCUAUGAAUUAAGAUUAGCAUCAUCUCUUACUAAUGGUUAGUGUAUCAAUAC